AUGGCUACGCCGGCGGUGAAGGUGUACGGGUGGGCUAUCUCGCCGUUCGUGUCGAGGGCUCUGCUGGCGCUCGAGGAGGCCGGCGUCGACUACCAGCUCGUCCCCAUGAGCCGCCAGGCCGGCGACCACCACCGCCCGGAGCACCUCGCCAGGAAUCCUUUCAGGAAGGUGCCGGUGCUCGAGGACGGCGACCUCACGCUCUUCGAAUCCCGUGCGAUCGCGAGGCACGUUCUGCGCAAGCACAAGCCAGAGCUCUUGGGCACCGGCAGCCCGGAGCAGGCGACCAUGUGCAUCGUCGCGCCGUUCUACGGUCGCGAGCGCAACCAGGCGAUCGUCGACGAGAAUGUGGAGAAGCUCAAGAAGGUGCUCGUGGUGUACGAGGCGCGGCUGAGCCAAAGCAAGUACCUCGCCGGCGACUUCCUUAGCCUUGCCGAGCUCAGCCACUUCACCAUGAUGCACUACCUUAUGGCCACCGAGUACGCCACGCUGGUCGAGGCAUUGCCGCACGUCAGCGCCUGGUGGGAGGGCCUUGCCACGCGCCCAGCAGCGAAGAAGGUCGCGGAGUUCAUGCCGGUCGGCACCAGAGCACCUAAGAAACAGGAGUGA